UGUAAAACGGAGGUCCGUCCCGGCUGUGUGCUUCUUUGGAAGGAAGUGUCGCUCAACGGUCAUUUGUUCACCAAAACGAAAAUACCGGCGUACGGGAGAGGCUUUUACCAGAAGCAGAGUGUGAGUUCAAGCCAUGGCUGGACCUGUUAGUCUGGAGUUGGAUCCCAUCUUCCUAAAGGGACUGAGUUACCUGCAUUCCAAGAGUAAAGACUCAGCUGAGAAACUCAAAGCUUUACUAGAUGAGUCCCUUGCAAGAGGUAGUGACUCAUCUUACCGUUCAUCACAAAAAGAUAUAGAGGUGUCCAAGGGGUCUGUGUCAAAACUGAGCUUAAGUAAACAGGACUCCAAGUCCUCUUCAAGCUCCUCAUCUUCCAGCAGCAGCAGCAGUGGCAGUAGCAAAUCCAGCUCGGAAAAAAGCAAGAAAGAGGGAGAGAAGAGGCCCUCAGAGAAGGUUAGGGUUGACAUGGGUGAGGUGGACCCUCCGAAGAAGCCUCGUUUGGAGAAACAGGAGAAUCGUUCUUCUCCGAUUACCGUUCAGACGAGCAAAGAUCUCCUGCCAAACAUAAACGACUACGAUGAGACCAACGCUGAUGACUUUGCCAUGGAAAUGGGCUUGGCUUGUGUGGUUUGCAGACAAAUGACAGUCACAAUGGGAAACCAGUUGGUGGAGUGCCAAGAGUGCCAUAAUCUGUACCACCAGGACUGUCACAAGCCCCAGGUGACAGACAAAGAAGUCAAUGAUCCACGGCUUGUGUGGUAUUGUGCCCGCUGCACCAGGCAAAUGAAACGCAUGGCCCAGAAACCUCCACAGAAGCCAUCCCCUGCAUCUGCGUCAUCAGCGCCUGUUGUAAAAGACACACUGGUGAAAAAGACAGAGCUGAAAUCCAAACCUGACACAGCCAGCACCUUCCAAGCCUUCAAAAGAACAGAAGUGAAGGCAUCCACAACAUCAGCCAAUCCCACCAGUAGCAACUCCUCCUCCUCCGGCAGUGGUCUUACAGGCUGGGCUGCUUUUGGCGCCAAGACAAAUCCCUCUGUUCCUCCCAGCUCCAAACUGGGUUCCUCAGGCCCAAGUGGGAGCAACAAGACCCUGACAACGCCUUCUGGCCAGAAACCUGUAGGGCUGUCCGGGCUAGCUGGAGCCAAGUCAGGACUUGGGAGUGCAAAGGUAUCUGCAGGGGGCAAUGGGAACGGCUCCAGUCAAGUGCCUCUGAAACCUCCUCCACCCCUGACUCUGGGUAAGCAGCCACUGAACCGUUCUUCAAGUGGCGAAAACCAAGGGAAAGGCUCUGCUUCAUCAGGGGCGGGCUCCCCGAGCAGCUCUCAGGCAAGUUCAGGAGGGAACGGAGGCAAUAAUGGAGGAGGUAACGGGAACAAUGGGAAUGGGUCAAAGGCUGCACCAGGCGACAAAGCACCGACAUCUCAAGAGUCUCAGCUUAACGCCAUGAAACGGUUACAACUGGUGAAGAAGAAAGCGGCGCAGAAGAAACUGAAGAAAUGA